CCAACAGUGCCACCCUGUGGACGUCAGAGGAAACUUUCAGCUCUCACACUUCCUCUUCAGACUGGAUGUGGUUACGCGGCAAAAGUGAAAGUAACUGUGAGCACGAGGCGCUCGAGCCGCUCCGGAACGCCUGGUUGCAUGGAGAAUGGGUCCAAACACAGAGAGGAGGCCGGUGAACCUGACUGAGAUGGCUGUGAUGGGAAAAUCCUGCACCUAAGGCAGCUGAUGGAGUCCAUCAUCGGUGGAGACUUUGAGGCUUCUGUGUUAUUGAAGUUGGGUCUGCGUGCAGAGCAUACAGAAGUAAGGACACAUGGCGUGUACGACACAGUCUGCUUUAGAUUACGUCAAGAAUGCCAGAUCCCGCCUUUUGGGAAAACUAAAGAAUCUCUCAGUGAUUCUGGAGAACUUGAGACAGAAAGAAGUUUUCAGUGACGAGGCAGUCAGCAAAAUACAGGCAGAGAAAGAUGACUACGAUAAAACCAGAAAAAUACUGGACUGGCUCAAGUGUAAGGGGGAAGACGCCUGUUACGAGUUCCUUAGGAUUGUUGACAUGACGAGGAAGCGAACUUUAGAGGUUGACCUGCAUCACUGGAUCAGCUGCUUUCCUUUCAGGGAAGACACACAAAUGGAUACAAACUACUUACAAGGCCCAAAGCCGUGCCACAGAUAUCAGGCGAAGUUAAAGUUAAAAGCACGAAAAACAUCAAAUGAGUUUUGGACGGCAAACAAAUACCUGUUUGAAGAAAACAACAAGCCUGAUCUGUCGUACAUGUCUCUUGUAUUAGACACACAAGGAAGUGUCUCUCCAUCGAAAAUAAAGAAGCUCAAGAGCAAGAAAAGCAAGAUGAUUCGCCCUAAAAAGCUAAGGACAUAUGUCCCUGAGGACAAAGUAGGAACUUCCCCUGGUGACCUUUUGAAAACAUAUCGAGACGUACUCGUGGUUGGUAAACCUGGAAUUGGAAAGACAGCACUCACCCAGGAAAUGUUGAAGCUCUGGGCAGAAAGAGACAAUGAAAAGCUUGAUUACAUGUUUUACUUUGACAUGAGAGAAACAUCUCACAUCACAAAGGCUGUGAGCCUGGAGGAGCUUCUCUUCAACAUGUUCAGUGAACCAGAUGAAGGCAAAGAAGAGGUCUUACAGGACAUAAAGAACAACUCUGACAAUGUUACGCUCAUUUUUGAUGGAAUGACAGAUCUGUCUUCAUCAGUGGUGAAGAGACUUGUAGAGAAGGACCUACUGCCUGAUGCAAAGAUCAUUGUAACUUGCAGACAGGAUGAUGAAGAAGAGUUCUCUUCUGAGGACUUUCUCAGAGUGGAAGUGAAAGGCUUUAGUGAGCAGACCAUUAAAGCAUACUUAGCUGAAAUGCUUGGGAAAGAACAGAAGAAGGUUUUCAGCAACGUGGAGUUGUUAACGCUUUGUCAUGUCCCGAUAUAUGCACUGAUGGUGGCUGCCUGCUUCUCAUUUGAGACACCAGAAGACUCACCACAGCCAUGCACUAUCACAGAAAUCUACAUCAAUAUCGUUCGCUUCUGCCUUCAACGAAACAGCAACAACCCCAAAACUAAACAUCUAAAUCCCUUCAUCAAAAACAAGAGUAAGGAAAUACUGUCUUUGGCUGAGGCUGCUUUCAAUGCAACUGAAGGAAAAACUGUGAACUUGACCGAACUUCCCAGUGAGGACAGCUGCGUCCUUUCCUUUCUGAAACCACUUUUUACCAAAGUCGGCCCAACGAAGACAAAAACCACUCAUGCAUUUCUGCAUUACACAAUGCAGGAGUUUUUUGCAGCACUGUGGCUCCUGAAGAACCCAGAUAAAAUCAAGGAUGUUUUUCAGCAAUGCCUCAUUGACGAGAGGAAACACAUGAAGCACCUGAUCCCUUUCAUGUGUUGUUUGCUGACUGAGAAGAGCCCUAGUUUGACAAAGUGUCUGAUUCCAGCCAAGGAGCUCAAGAAUACAUCUGACUGGUUCUUCAAGGAAAUGAUAACCACAUUUUUCACAUGUCUGUGUGAGGCUGAUACUGAGGACAGUGGGCCUGAUGUGGACAUACUGUUCUUAUGCCAGUGCUUGUAUGAGUCCCAGUGUCCUGAAGCAUGCAUCCACCUUCUGGACAAACUGGGCUAUCAUCUUGAUCUCAGUGGAGAGAGUCUUGAUCCCUUACCUUGCUGUGCUGUGGCCUAUGUGGUCACUCAGUCAGAGGAGCGGAAAGUAUCACUGAACCUCAAGGAUGUCAGGGUAUCAGACCAAGGAAUGAGACGGCUAUUUGGAUGCCUUAAAAAUGUCCAAUGGCGUGACCCUCUGCCACUGCAGCUGUGGAAGAUCUUCCUUCUGAGUGAAGGGCAGAUGGACCACCUCAGCUUACUUGGCCUUGAUGGAAAUCAGUUGCACCUUCCAGUUGAAGGUAAAAGAUGUCUGUUUGAACAAGCUGUAAAAGUCAUGCAGAAGAUGAUUAUGAAGGUUAAUGUCUGCCUCCACUGGGAUAGAGAAACUCGUGUCUGCCAGGAUCUGUGUGAGUCUCUCUUUGAGGCUUUGUCGUACAUCAGCUCACUCAGGGUAACCUUUAGCGGUCCAGGAUUACAGGACCAGAAGCAACACCAUGGGACACUGGAGAGAAAAGAAAAGCAGCUGUUACUGGAUUUAUGCCUGAAAGCUGCACUUCACAAAGGAGAAAGCUUUCACAAUGUAGUGAAUACACUCCUCUCGUUGUUUUCUGUUAACACUGGCAUACAUAACAUCCUUCUUGAUUUUUACCAACAUGUCAAGACUGGAGGGUUUUUAAGUAUCAUUCCACUGAAGCCAGUUUUCCAGUCAGCUCCUGCAGUCUGGGUCAUAGACCUCUCAGAGAGAAAGACCUCCAUCCUCCUGGAAGUGCUGAAACUCCAAUCAGAGAAGAAACAAGUGGAGCUGACAGGCUGGUCAGAUGAAGAGAGUGAAGUGAGGAGCUUCCUACAGUGUGUGCCUUAUAUCUCACAGCUCAGCUGUGGUCCAGAGUUCUUCCAGAGGGUGUGCACAUUAAUCUCUGUGAGAUCCAGAGAGGAGGCCGAGCAGUUGGUCUCUUUGCUGCAGCUGCUGGGGUUCAGUCUGCUGUUAACAGGGGAGUUGCACCUGAACACCUGCCGCACUGUGGGAAGAGUCCUCGUUCUUUGUGGAUCGGAUGUGAAUCUCAUCCUCACACCACAGAAGAUAUCUGUCAGAGGAGCCUCCGUCCUCUUCAGACGUACAACACGUCUUCACAGUCUGAGGCUUUCCAAUAACAUGGCCUUGCUCCUGUGUCGAUGGGUAAGAGGAGGGAGAGUGGUCUGUCCGGUGACUGUCGAAGAGCUUUCUCUCUCCCCUCAGAGAGCCAAACCAUCAGAGAGGGUGUUGUUGAAGGUUGUCAGUAAUGUGGCGUCCCUGCUGAGAUACUGGACAGUCAGACGGUUAGACCUGACUGAGUUCUGUGUUCCUGCUCAGGGUGUCAUUCCACUGCUGCUUCAUGAUGGCCCUCUGACAGUCAAACUGAGUGAGGAGAUCUUCCAGCAGCUACUCUUCCUCCUCUAUGAAAUCCAGGACAAGCACUUGACCCAGUUCUUCUUCAGUAAGGUCGGUGGAGACCUCACCUCCUGCUGUGUGAACUGGGAGCUUCUUCACUAUCUGCUGCAGCAGUCGUCAUCUCAGACCUUCACUGUGAACCUGAGGAAGAACAGCUUCUUACAGAGGAGCAUCACACGUCUGCUUCCCUUUCUGGACAGGAUUGUGUUUAAAAGGCUCAGUCCCAGCUUUGUGUUGACUGCCAUCAGAGAGAUCUAUGAAGCUCGUGCCAGUCCCAUUAUACCCAGUUUACUGAGGUCAUUUGAUCAUGUGAUCAACCUGAGCUGCAGACAGAUGGACUCAGUGGACUGUGCUGCUCUGCUCUUCACCCUCAGACACAGUGUCAGAGUUAAACUAAACCUCCUGUGGAGCUCCAUACCAGCAGGGGAAACAGAGUCCAUCCUCUUUACACUGGACAGAGUUUCUCAGCUCAGUGUUGACAGGAGCCUGCUGCUGAGGUUGGUCCACUGCUGUGCUGCCUCUGACGUCCAGCAGGGGGCAGCAGUCGACCUGCUCAGGACUGUGCAGCACAGGCUGGAUCUCUCCUGCUCCUCCUGUGUGGAGCUGGAUCAAAGUGAGACCCUCAGUCUGACUGCUGGCGACUGCAGGGCCGUCUCUGCCAUCCUGAGACACAGCAGCCAGGACACACAGGUCAUCCUGCAGGACUGUGAGGUGGAGGACAGCGGACUGGACCUGCUGUUUCCUGUUCUAAACAGAGUCCGCCUCAGAGCCAGCAAAGCUGUCCUCCUCCAGCUGGUGUCCCUGGUUCCUGUGAACAGUGAGAGGGACACAGUGAGACGGGCAGUGUCCCUCUGUAGAGCCUUGGGUGGAGAGCUGGACUUCAGUCACUCCACACUGGAUCAGAGGGCCUGUGGAGCUUUGGCCCUGAUGCUGGACUCGUGUGAAGAGCUGACAGAGCUGGACCUCAGUCACUGUCGGCUCACUGACCAGCUGCUGCUCACACUCAGCGCACAUCUGCACAAAGUACAAGUCCUGGAUCUGAGUCACAAUAACGUCACUGAUGCUUCAACUGACACGUUACUCCAACUGGUCUCCACCAACCCCUCCAUUCACACUGUGAGACUUUUCGGGAACAAGAUUGUGGACAGAACAUGCUUUGACAAACACAAGUUUGAAAUGUGGUGAACUGGUGGUCAGCGUGCUGGAACUGUGCUCAUCAGAGAAUAACUGUCUUAUGUUUCAUGUUAAAAAUGAAAGUAUCACUGCAGUUCGAGUACUAAGACUGUGAUUGAGGUAGUCAGUCUAUAUGGAGGCCAAGAGCUGCCAGCAAUGUUUGAUAAUAAUUAUAUGGAGAUCAUGACACUGGCUGCAAAAGUUCUGGCACCCCUGGCCAAAAACUCUUUUACUGUGAGUAGUUCAGUGAGUAGAAGAUAAACUGAUCUUCAAAAGACAUGAAGGUAAAGAUGAAACAUGCUAGAUCAGUGUAUUAUUUUUGUUUUGUACAAUUUAGUGUGAAAAAGGGAAGCAGCACCAUGUAAAAGUUUGGGCACCCCAAGACAUUUGAGCUCUCAGACAACUGUUACCAGGGUCUCAGGUUGUUAGGGCUCUGGCUUGUUCACAGUCAUCGUUAGGAAGAGCCAGGUGAUGCUAAUCUCAAAGCUCAAUGAACGACCUCAAGAGGAGCCAGCUGAAGGUUUGGCCACGCCCCUCACAGUCCCCCGACCUAAACAUCAUUAAACAUCUGUGGAUAGAGCUCAAAGAGCAGAGCAUGAAGACGGCCCAAGAAUCUCACAG